UUACGACCGCUUAGCUACUAUAAAUACUGGCAGCCGGUCAAGCAGAGCUCAGUUGCAGCUCAGAAUUGUGUCUGAGAACACCACAGAAUAUAAUGAAUUCGUUUGGAUCAGUGGUUUUAGUGGUUUGUGGCGUUUUAUGCGUCGCUGCCGAUCCCCAACAAACCUACGACGGACGCAACGGGCCCCAUGUGUUUGGAGAUCCUGGCAAUCAGGUAUAUAUACGGGGACAAAAUGAAGGAACCUAUAGUGUGCCCGGUGUAGGCGGCCAAUUUCAGAACACUCCAUCGCGGGGCGAACACGUCUAUACGGAUGAAGGUGGCAACACUUAUGUGAACCGAAAAAAUGCCGGAGGACCAGGAACGCACACCAUCAGCGGUCCUAGCUUCUCAGCUACAAAUGGACAGCAUAAAAUUAUUAAGGGAAACCACGCAGACAAUGAUUUGCACGCCGGACGUCGUACCCGACGGGACCCCCAAUUGCACGUGGAACGUCCCGGUCGUACAGUAGAUGUUGGUCCGGCCGGAUAUGUUAUUCAACGUGGACGCCGCAGCCCACAAUUUCACGUUGAGCGUCCUGGUCGAACAGUAGAUGUUGGUCCCGGAGGAUUUGUAGUUCAGCGUGGACGCCGUGGCAUUAACGAUGCUCGGGUGCAGGGAGAAAACUUUGUAGCCCGUGAGAAUCAGGCUGGCGUGUGGAACUCGAAAGUUUCAGUAUGGACGCGUCCGGAUGGCCGUACAGUUUCUGUUGACCAACACGGAAAUUCCAUUGUCGGCCGACCAGGCCGACCCUCACAGCGUUUUUAGUACCUAAAUCAUACAAAUUUAUGAUAAUAAAAAUAUUUAACAAAACUUGUAGUCUUAUGUAUAGAAUAUAACGAGUUAUGAGUAAUUUUAAA